AAUCUCCAAUGGUGAUAAAUAAACCCAACGCGCAGCUUCUGAUCUGAGACCGCCGGUGUGAUAGGUGUGAUAGGGAAGGAACCCGUGAAAUAAGACGUUACCGGUGGCAGGAAGAGGAAGAAGAGGAACUGAGAGGGAAGAGGAAGAGAGGAGAUUAGUAAGAGAGGACUGAGAGGGGAGACAGGGAAUUAAUACUGUGUAAAUAGUUUAGUCGUCAACAUGCCUUACGCCAACCAGCCUUCCUUGAACCUGAUGGAGCUGACGGAGGAAAAUAUCAAGUUUUCAAUAGAGGACACUGAUCUGAGCGUGGCCAACAGCAUCCGUCGCAUCCUGAUGGCGGAGACCCCGACCAUCGCCAUAGACUGGGUGCAGCUGGAAGAGAACUCGACAGUGCUCAGUGACGAGUUCAUCGCUCAUCGCAUCGGCCUCAUUCCCUUCACCUCGGACGAACGGAUUGAGCAGAUGCAGUACUCUAGGGACUGUUCCUGCACCGACUACUGCCCGGAGUGUUCUGUGGAGUUCACCUUGGACGUUAAGUGCCAGGAUGACCAUACCAGGCAGAUCACCACCGCUGACCUCAAAUCCUCUGACGCGCGGGUCAUCCCUGUCACCUCAAGGCACCGUGAGGACGAGGCCAGCGAGUAUGGCGAAAGUGACGACAUACUCAUCGUCAAGCUUCGGAAGGGCCAGUCGCUGCGUCUUCGUGCCUACGCUGUGAAGGGGUUCGGCAAGGAGCACGCCAAGUGGAAUCCUACCAGCAGCGUGGCCUUUGAAUACGACCCUGACAACGCUCUCCGCCACACUCUCCUGCCCAAGCCUGAGGAGUGGCCAAAGAGUGAAUAUUCUGCCCUGGAUGAGAACACACCCCAAUCAGAAUUUGAUCCAUCCGGCAAACCCAACAAGUAUUUUUUCAAUGUGGAGAGUUCUGGUUCCCUCAAGCCUGAGAACAUUAUCCUGAUGGGCAUUGCAGCGCUCAAGAAGAAGCUGUCUGACCUGCAGAACCAACUUAGCAUGGAGGCCCAGAGUGAUGCGUUGGCUAUCAACUAAGUAGUGUGUGUCAUCAUCGCUGUCAUCGUCAUUGUCUGAUUCUGUCGCUGUUUUUCCCUCUCAUCUCUGGUUGUCUGUUUUGUUGGUCUUUUCUCUUUUCUUUUCUCAUUUUAUUUUGCAUUUUUGGUGUCAGUCUCCCAUUAUGCUUUUUUUCCCUCUUUCUCUCCUAUGUAUACUAUUUCUUUUUUCCAUUUUAUAGCUUGGUAUGUCAUCAUUUUAUCAACCUUUCUUUUUUUUUUUUUCCACUCCUUUUUUCUCUCAUAGUUUGUUGUGUUAGUCUCCCAUCAGCCUUUUUUUUUUCCCUUUCUCUAUGCACUUAUUUUUCUCAUUUUUUCUUUUUAUAGCUUGGUAUGUUAUAAUUUCCCAUUGACUUUUUAUUUUUUUUCAUCUUUUCUUUCUCAUUUUCUGUUUUGUAAUUUGGUGUGUCAAGUCUCCAGUCAGACUUUUUUCCCUCUUUCUCUCUUAUGUACCUUUUUCUCUAUUUUUUUGUCUUUUUGUAGCUUGGUACGUCAAUUUCCCAUCAGCCUUUUCUUUUUCAUUAUCUCUUCCUCAUAUUUCCUGUUCAUUUCUCUCUUUGUAAGUUAUUGUAAGUUAUGGAUCUUAACUUUAAAGGGAUCAUUUAAAAUUUCAUGAAAGCAAUUAUGCAUCAAUAAAUAUGUUGAUAAUCACCAUCAAUCAUAAACUCCAUUCAAAUUUGCAGGGAUAAUUUCAUAUCAGAACCAGCAUAUGUUAUUAUUAUGGGUGUGUGUAAAUGUUUCUUCAUUAUACAUAAAGUGUCCACCAGUUAUAUAUCC